AAUGAGGCUAGUGAACAGAGGGACUGUAGAUUGUUACCCCGCUACUAAGGAGACGAAGAGAACGGCUUUUAACAGAAUUUAAAUUCAUUUUUGGGGUGACCGCAAUGGCUUACCAACUUUACAGAAACACGACGCUGGGAAACAGUCUGCAAGAAAGUCUGGACGAGCUCAUUCAGAGCCAACAGAUCACUCCUCAGCUUGCGCUCCAAGUUCUGCUUCAGUUUGAUAAAGCCAUCAACACCGCAUUGGCCAAUCGGGUGCGCAACAGGGUCAACUUCCGGGGGUCGCUUAACACAUACAGGUUCUGUGACAACGUCUGGACAUUUGUUCUGAACGAUGUUGAGUUCCGAGAGGUCACUGACUUGGUGAAGGUGGACAAAGUGAAGAUUGUGGCCUGCGAUGGCAAAAAUACUGGUUCCAAUGCCACCGAGUGAGCCGGGAGGAAGAGUGAAGCCCAACUGUUACUGAUGAUGAGGAAGGAGAGGCCCAAGUGUGUUAGAGAAGCCACACAGACAGGACUGUAUAUAUUUAUAAUUUAUUACAGUGAUUUCUGUAAAGACCUGAUUGUUUGAGCCUGUAAAUAAGUGAAUUGGUGGUAGCAACGGACAGAUGAGUGGAUCAUGUCUUUUUUUUAAAUGAGUUUCAUUG